AUGGAUGCGCAGGAACUCUCUCUCAAGUCUCCGAAAUUAGGGUAUCCCUUUGAUGGCGAUGAUGAGAAAGUGAUUUCUGGGCUUAGUACGGUACUAGUUGCUUCGAUACAAGAAGCUAAAGAUAGGAUUUCGCAGAUAGAGUUUUUAUUUUGUAGGAAGCUUUAUCCCAAUUUCCAGUCAAAAUCUAAAGCUCUUCACAAAUUUUACUCGGAGGCCAGAAAAUCUCUGGAAGAGCAGUGGAAGGAGAAGGAAAAUGAAUUGUUAAUCCAGAUUGAGAAAAUGAGGAUUGAAAAUCAACGAGUUCUGGAGGAAAAUCGGCUGUUGAAGGCUGAGGAGGCCAAAGUAAAGGAGCCAUUGGAGAAGGAGUUGCUAGCUAGACAGCUCAGAAUUGAGGAGCUGGAAAGGGAGAUCGGGAAGAAGAGUGAGGAAAUUGAGGAAGGAUUAGUGUUGCACAAGAAUUUGGUGGAUUUGGUUCAGUCAAAAGAGUCUUUGAUUUUGGAAAGGGAGGGGGUACUGAACCAGUAUGUUGAAAAGACCAGAGGGUCGAUAGCCAAAGUGAAAGAGUUGGAGGAAGAAGUAAAGGAUCUCAAGCUUGGCCUAAGAAAGAAGGACGAGAAAAUGGCAGAAGAGAUAAAGUUGCGGGAAACGUUACAUGCUAAGAACUUGGAAUUGACCUCUGAGAUUGAGGGUUCUGAGAAGGAGAGGAAGCAGCUUUUGGCUCAAAUAGUUGAGAUGGGUGAAGAAGCUAUAGGAAUUCGAAAAAACCUCAGUAUUAAGACACAAGAGGUCGAGGAAAAGGAUGAAAUGCAGAAACAAUUGGUUAAACAAAUAGAUGUACAGAGCUCAGAACUGAUGGAGAAUAAGAAAAAGUUGGAUGUGCAUGAGAAGGAGAAACAACUUCUUCUGGAAAAAAUGAGAAGUUUGGAGGAGAAAUUCAAUCUGCCACAUAAAUCGAGUACUGGAAGAGGGGAAUCAUCUGAAGGGGUUGAUUCAUAUCAAAGGGUGCUUAAAGAAGUUGAGUCAAUAUCAUCUGAGCUGCAGGCUGAGAAGAGGAAAAGGUUGCAUGUCACUGAUGCUUAUAAAAGGCUGAAAUCUCAGCACAAUUACCUUCGUGAGAAGGUGGGUCUUACCUCAGAAAAUAUGCUGCCCCGGGACAAACUGGAAAAUGAAAGUGAUCUGGACAAGCAUAAGGAUCCAAUUGUGGCAUCAGAUCUUGCGGUUCCCAGUUCAAACACCUCCACAGAUAAUCAUAAAUUAGCAAAAGUAAAGAGUGAAAAUUUAGAGGAUGACUUAGGAGGUCUUGAAAACAAAACCCCUGAUAUCUUUGUUGCUGGAUGCGAUCUGAACGAAGUAAAGGAAGAAAUAGUCGAGGAUGACAGAGGAAUCAAAACCAUUCCUCGUUCUUCUAGUUUACAUCGUGGCCCAAAAUACCCCACCAACACAAAAUUGACCUCUCCAUCUAGCACAAAGCGGCCUGCAUCUUCUUGGAGACAAACCCGGUCUCGCCAAAGUCGAGUAGGUAAUGACCCACAUGAUGAUUUUCUCGAUACUCCUCUUGAGAACAUCAGAGCAAAUUUAAAUAGAGGUUCAAAUAAGGAAGACCAGCCAGAGCCAGUACAGAGAGACGUUAGCAUGAGCAGCUCAGAUGAUGAAACACAGGAUAUGAAUGCCAAAAGCAGUCCCCCAAGCAAGCAACCUUCAGUUCCGAAUGCGAGCAAGAAGAGUUUUAAGUACAUUGAACCAGUGAGGAAGAAAGCUGAGCGAGAAAAGUUGAAGGGAAUUGAAUGCAAACAAUGCAAGAAAUUCUAUGAUGCUGUUCUUCCAAGUGACGAGAGUAAGGAUCCUGAUAGUAGUAGGCGGAAUUUUCGAUGUGAACAUCUUGAUGGUGUUUCCAGGCAUCGUUAUAGAUAUGCUCCUCCUAUGACUCCAGAAGGAUUUUGGAAUAUUGGGUUUGAAUCCGAAUUAUAAACAAACUGUCCCGCACAUUACUAUCAUUAUAUUGCCAUUUCAAUUUUCCAACUUUAAAAGUUAGCUUCCUUCAACCAGUUUUUGUUGGUGGGAGUUCUUGUGCCUGAGGAAAAAUGUCCUGUCAGAAAUUUUAAACUAAAAAUGCGUAUGUGUUUGCAGCGUUCUGCUCACAUGCUCUUUGUUACUUUAGAUUCAUCAAUA